AUGCCUUCCACAAAGAAUAACUGGAAUCUAUCGGAGGUACUCGGGCAGCGGAGGCUGUUAGGGCUGGGAGCUCUGCUGGCAUGGCUCAUCCUCUUCCACCUCCUGGUCAACGUUUGGCUCCUCUGCGUCUUCACCAGUCUCCUGGUGGUUCUUGGGGGUUGGCUGGGGUCCCGUGCCAUACUGGACGCAAACAGCCUCCUCCACUUGGAACACUUCUUGCCUCUGGGCAAUGUCAACCCACCUCUGUAUUCCCCCGAGCACGAGUGGAGGCUGAACCACGAGAUCCACAGCGCCGUCCACAAAGCGGUGCGUGACUUUGUGUCCUCGUGGUAUCGCACGCUGCUGCCGGAGGUGGAGGGGGAGUUUGAACGUGCGGUGCGGCAAUCGAUGCUGGAUUCAGUGAUGGAACUGAAGGAGCGAGCACGGCGAGUGGACAGAAAAGGUCUGGUUCAGCGGCUGCUGGAGCUGUAUGGCUGUCACCUGCAGAGCUACAUGACAGCCAGACAGAUCCAGUCGACGCAGAAGGAGAGCAUGAGCCUCUGGCAGCUCUACAGCGAAGUUGAUGUCCCUCACCCAGCUGUGAGCUCUGCAGCCACUGAGCUCAGCUACUCAAGAGCUCUAGUUAACCUCGUCUUACAUGUGCUGGUUCCAUACCCUCAGAUGGAAACCAGGACUGGAGGCUACAUGGUGACUGAGCUCAUCACCUGCAACGUGCUGCUGCCGCUUAUAAGCAGGGUGUCCGAUCCCGACUGGCUAAACCAGACCAUCGUAGAAAUAAUCACCAGGUCCAGAGAGCCACAGGAAAUCAACAUGGGUGAGCUUCCAGCUGCAGCUUCACUAUACAGGUGUCAGAUCCAGCAGGAGUCCUGGACCACCUGCAAGUCGCUGUCUUCUUCUGAACAAGCCGGCCUCAGCAGCAGAUGUACCUCUGAGCUGGAUGACCUCCAGAGCCAGAGCACCCUCUAUGAGAGUGAUUCCUCACAGAGCAGCAUGGUUAGCCUGAUGUCUGCUGGGAAAGUAGAAGUCUGCCGUGCAGGUGUGCUCACACCUUGCAAAGUGAACUGCUGUGCACUCCCAUCUGGCCACUGCACCCACUCAUCAGGGUCCAAAAUGAUCUCACAGGACUCUCUACUUCAUUCAGACUCCGAAGACGACCUGGCAGGAGGCUUUUGUGAAUGCGGCCCUCCAAAAAACUUCUGCAUCACUUUAAACGACGAUGAGGCGUUCGGCUGCUUCGGUCCUCUGAAAAACCUCGGACCGAAGGUGGUGGUGCCCGAGGAGUCCCUGUGGCCAGCAAGUAUAACACCAGAUAAAUCCCCAACAAGCUCUCCAAGAAGACUUUGUCUGUCCCCCUGCAACUUCGAUACCCCCAAUGUCCAAGCUUCACCUACGACCAUCCACAAUGUGCAAAUUACUGGGACUGUCAAUGCCAAGGAGCCGCGUGGCACAGGGGCACAUCCCUACACUCUCUACACCGUCAAGUUUGAGACGACUGGUGAUGCAGAACCUGGGUCUCCACAACCUGGGUCCUGUCACACUGUGAACCGGAGAUACAGCGAGUUCCUCAAUCUGCAAACACGUUUAGAAGAGAAGCCUGAAGUCAAGAAAGUAAUCAAGAAUGUCAAAGGUCCAAAGAAAAUGUUCCCUGACCUCCUAUUUGGCAACGCAGACAUGGAAAAGGUUGAAGCCCGUAAAAGCCAGUUGGAUACGUUCCUUAAACAAUUAAGCAGCAUUCCUGAGACAUCCAACAGUGAGGACAUGCAGGAGUUCCUGGCUCUCAACUCAGAGAGUUCCACAUAUUUUGGAAGAAAACCUUUUGUCAAGUCAAGAAUUGAUAAGAUAAUGGAAAAUGCUUUAGACACCUUGAAGACAGCUUUCCCUCAUCCUGAGCCUCUCAGUCCAACGGAGGACCUCGAGGGAGACACUGAUGGAAGAACAGUGGACGGCAGAAAGUCCAGGAGGCUUAUCUUCCCAAGCAAAAUUUCCCCGUCUCUCAAUAUCCCAGACCUACACCCUAAAGUGACAUACUGCUUCAGUGAAGGCAGCGCCGUCCUCAACGGCAUGUCACUGUCCGGCCUGGAGAGCUUCGUCCAGGAGCAGGAAAGACUUUUAUGUGCACCGAAUGUGAAAGAGACAACCAAGCAGAGCUGUAAGCAGUCUGGCAAAGACAAGAAGACUUCAGGGAAAACACAUGGGACAGACACAGCUGUGGCAGAUGUUGCUCUGAACAUUUUGUGUCUGCUGAUGAAGGACCAGUGGAGCUGGCUGUGCACUGAGAACAUACAGAAGACCAUCAGACUGCUAUUUGGCACCUUCAUUGAGAGAUGGCUGGAUGUUGGAGUUGCCCACCUAACCAGUGCCCCCUGCUGGGUGAUUUACCUACAAGUGCUGCAGGAGGCCGUGUGGCCUGGCGGCACGCUGCCUGUUCUUCCACGGCCAGAGCGAAGUGCCGCAGAAAGAGAAGAAACUAAGGAGCAAUGUCUGGACUGUCUAAUGCAGCUGAUCCCAGAGCUCAUCACUGACAUGCUGGGAAGUGAGAAGUACAGACUGAGCUUGGAGACCAUGCUGGAGUCUUUCCAGGAUCAUCACAUAAACAAGCAUCUGAUCUACUGCAUCUGUGACCUGCUGCUGGAGUUUCUGAUCCCUGAGUCGUGUAACGAGGCCUUCCAGAGCUCUCUGCUGCAGAGUCUGGCCAAAGACGCAGAGAGAGACAACCCUCACUGGUGAUCAGCUCAUGAUCACACUCACACACAUGAUGCCACGCAGUCGUAAAGACCCGAUGAUUUAUGAGUGUUGUGACGUAUUCGUAAUGGCCUGUAGUCACUAAUAUCCAUGGCAUGAUUAUGUGUUAUUACCAAAGGGGACAUAUCAGAGGUGGCUAUGACUUGUAUUUUUGUACAACUGGCUCAUGGGAUCUUUUGUAUGAACAAAAAGGCAUUUAGGCCACCAUCACCUGCAGGCAAAACAGGCACGUUGGCUGUAAAUAUUUCUUG